CGUUGCAUUUGUAGUUCACGGUCAUCUUUCAUCUUUCAGUCCAUGUUCCUCUCACAAGCAGUUAAGUUCUCACAAUAUGAACUCCAUGAACGCAAUGAUUAGUGGCUGGCUAAUAGUAAUAUUCAUCGUCAAGAGCGAUUCUGUUAAUCAGCCCUUCAGAUCCCUGACGGCUCCGGAGGGAGGCUCUGUGACUUUGGUGUGCUCUGCAGACCAGUUCCAUCCAAAUGACCUCUUUUGGUUUAAACAUAUUUCUGGACAGGCUCCCCGAUACAUAAUGUCCUACACGAGGUAUUCACAACAGGAAACAUUUUACGAAGAAUUUGAGAAUUCUCGCUUCCAUAUUGAGACAACAAACAGCACUUUCAAUCUUAAAAUCGAAAAACUGCAGCCAGUGGACAUGGCCACAUAUUACUGUGGAGAGAGGAAAUUUGGUCAUGUUCUCCUUGGUCCUGGAACUGUUUUGUGCCUUACAGGUACUGCCACAGAACACAGAAGAAAUGAGCACCCAGUCCUCGAGCUGGCCCUCGAUGGGCACAAUAUGAUGCUGAGUUGCACUGUAAAGCGAGACGUGUAUGGUGACGAUCACAGUGUUUAUUGGUUUUGGCAGAACACAGGAGGGCUUCUUCAAGGAAUUUCACAUGAUAUUGUGAACAAGUCUCUAAGGAUGGACAAAGAUUCAGCAAAAUAUGUAUAUAUUGCUUACAAACAUAACGUUAGCACUCUACAUGCUGGAACAUUCUACUGUGCUGUAGCGAUGUGUGCCGGAAUCUUUAUCAGCAACGGAACAACGCUUCAUCUUUCGGGUGACUCUGGUCAACAUUCGUCGUUCAUCAUUCGCCCAAUGGUGCUCAUUUUGGCCCUGAGCAACAUUGUCCUAUUGAUCUUAGUUUUAAUAUGUGCAGUCCAGAGGAACAGCCAAUGCCGCCAAUAUGCAGGUAAUGCUGAUGGAACAGCUGAAACAGUCCAACAGAACUCAAUCACGAAUCAAGAAAGCACUGAGAUCGUGGAAGUAAGCUACGCUGCUUUGAACCUGAGUCAUAACAAAGGCAAACCAAGACAAAAGAAACAAGACUCGACUUACGCCACUCUUAGGAACCCACAGAGCCACGGAGACCUUUGGUAAUAUCCUAUCAAAAAAGAGAGCAACACAUAAGCAUCCAUCUGUUUUCUGAACUAAAAUACGAGGAGCCUGGAUAUAUCAGGUUCAAGACAGGAAUCAACCCUACAUAGUGUGCUUGUUCAUCACACAGAAUGCCAAAAUUCACUGUACUGAAAACAAACCUACUGUACCUGAAACAACUGCAACUGUCAGCUGGUUCUCAAUUGAUCUGAAUUGUUUUUGCUAUCUGUGAUUUGAUAUUCUCUUCAAUUCUUUAGAUAGAUAAAUAGGAAAUGCACUAU